GGAAUCUAUAUUAUUUUCAAAUUAAGUACAUGUGAUUGUGUUCCCUCAUUUAAAGAGAUCAAUAGAAUAAAAUAAUUGUUAAAUGAGGUGAACAUGCAUAUGCUGCCUUUGUAUGCUUUCUGUAUACCAAGGGCUCAGCACUGGAUAUGUUAUGUUGGCUAGUAUAGCUAAAUAAUACAGUUUGGAGAUAAAAUCGUGUUUGUAGUAUAGCUAUACACUCUAUAUAGGGACGUUACCAUGUAAAUGUAAGCAACGUUUAUAUGUACAGUUGACCAUGGCUCUAAUGGUAAGAGUGUAAUUUAGUGACAUUCGUUUUUCAUCAGGGAAGUCUAGUGGGUAUAUUUUGCGGGGCGUAAGCAAAGGAGACCGGAGUUGUUAAAGUAUACUUAAAAAAAUCGUUAAAAAAACAAAUAAAUAACUAAACUCCAGGAGGAAUCUUUUAUCUCGCGAAACCUAACCAAGUUUAAUUAAUUGCACGGCUAUCAAACUUCCACUUUGAAACCUCCUAAACGACUCAUUCAUUACAGCGUGGUCUCCCCAAACGCAAGACGAGUACAGUGCCAAUAUUGAUGAAUGAAAUGCAUAACAAAAAGGAAAAAUAUACAGAUUAUUAAAAUACUUGCAUUACUACGGUACUGCAUUCCUAUGAUUAAAAAAAAAAAAAAAAAAAAAAAAAAAAAAAAAAAAAAAGUGGGAACUCCACUUGGAGAAUUGCCGGGAACUGUGCUACUGCAAGCGUUUGCAAGAAAUAGCCUUAGGGGGUCUCCUCAUUGGAAUAAAAACACCAUGCCACGAACAGAUAAAAGGAUGUCCAACACCAGUGGUUUGUGGUGCAGUCAUUUGAGAUGGACCUUUCAAAAUGUUCUCUACCCACUUGCUUUGUUAUUGUGUGUACAGCAUACAGCUGUACUGGGUUGUCGAGUUGACUGCAGGAAAGUUCUCACCUCUUCAAAUGGAGUCUUUACCUCACCAUGCUACCCAAGCGAGUAUCCCAACAGCCAGGCUUGCAAGUGGACCCUUCAGGCCCCAACAGGAUAUAUCAUACAGAUAACAUUUCUUGACUUUGAAAUUGAAGAAGCACCUCAGUGUAUCUAUGACAAUGUAAUUGUAAGCAAUGGAAAAGAUGAUGUCAAGUUUUGUGGUAUAACAGCCAAUGGUUUAACACUGAACUCCACUGGAAAUGUAAUGAACGUGUCCUUUGCAACAGACUUUAGCGUCCAAAAGAAAGGCUUCAAAAUCAGCUACAAGCAAGUUGCAGUGUCCCUGAGGAAUCAGAAGUUAACGCUUAAUUUAAAAGAAUCUGUGUCAACUGCAACAAGUGUAACCAUCCCAAAUCUCCAACACUUUACGGUCUGCUUUGAAGCAUCCGAAUCUGUCAACAACAACAAAGACUGGAUUUUCUUUUCAUAUAAAGAUUCUUCCUCUACAGAAGUUCUUACUUUUGGAAAGUCAAAGUCAGUCGUUACCCUAAGUGUGGUUGGUGCUGACUGUGAUCUGAGUGAUGCAGUAUCAAACAUUGAGCUGUUCUCCGUGGAUAUGCAGCUGUUCUGUCUCACAUGGGAUGGUACAACAGGUUAUAUAGCUAUAUCUACUGUAAAUACAUAUAAGAAUAUUGAUUGCCCAGCAUCUAAAUAUAAAGUGAUUCCUAGGAAUGGGGUGUUUUCACUUGGCCCUAGUUCCAAAAAACAGGAUUCUUUUACUGGAGGCAUUUACAACUUCCGUCUUUGGAAUUCAGCCAUGAGUACAGACGUGCUUUCAGCUCUCUCCUGUGCUGACAAAGGAGAUGUCAUAGAUUGGGAAAAUGAAUUCUGGAAUAUUGCAGCCUCUUACUUAACAACAGAUCAAAACCUGAGCUGUGUUUGUUCCCCAAAUUGCAAAUUAACAACUAUCCCAUCUAGUGGUACCUCUUCAUCAGCUACAGUGCCAAAAACUAGCUGUUCAUCAUCUCAACUUGGUUGUCCAGCCAUUGUCACCGCCACUAACAUGAUUGCUACUAAUCCAGCCAACAAUGUUAUUGUAGCUACUUCAGGACCAGAUAUCGCCAUUAACAUGCCAACUACGACUAGGAGCACUAUAAAUUCUUUUGUACCAACACCACCUGUCACCAGUAAUAUGCCUACUAUGACUAGUAGCACUACAGAUGUUAUUGUAACAUCUGUUGCUAUGCCACUUGUCACCAGUGACGUGACAAUGACUACUAGUACCAUUACAGACGCAACAUUAAUUCCUUCUACAACUGCAGCUGACACCACUAACACCAUUGGUACUAACAGCAUUCCACAUGAAGGAGUGUUCUACAGAAUUUCCUUUGUUCUGUAUGAGAAUGAGAACCACACAACUGCUUUGGGGGUGGAACAGUUUGUAUAUACUUGGCUCAACCAAACAUUUCAAAACUGGACUUACCCUGUUUAUGUAGCUAAUGUCAGUGUUCAGAUGAGCAACAGUGUGUCCACUAGACUUGUAAGAAGUGUAACAGAAAGGUACAUCUGUCAAGCAUUGCUAGUUUACAAAUUUGUGAAUGAUAUUCUUCUGCUUGAGGAAACCAUUCACAGCAGGCUGGUGUAUAACAACAGGUCAAUAGGAGGGGGGUUACUGUUAGACACUGUGGCUGUGCACCCGGUUGAAAACUGCGUUACAGAAGAAAAUCCUUUUUAUUAUAAGUGGCCUGAAAGUAGACCAACAGUUACCCAAUACCUGCCAUGCUUUCCAAACAAAGCUUUGAACGCGUCAAGAACAUGUAUGUUAAAUUUGCAGAAUUAUACUUCUUAUUGGGGCUCAGCUGAUCUUAACAACUGCACAGGGGAUAUUGAUAGCAUUGCAGUAUCUGCAGAAAAUGCUGCAGAUGUAGCAACCCAACUUGUAGAUAUAACAAACCAUGAGCUGACCACGGAGGAAGUAACAAAAAUUGUCACAAAGCUAAACCAGAUCAUUAGUGUGGCAACAAUUAAUGUCUCACUGGCUUCAACAGUUGUGUCAGUUUUUUCCAAGGUCUUAACUAACUCUGAUACAGCUUUAGCAGCCUCUUCACCUUUGGCACUGAAAACUGUGGAUGAUCUGGCGCUGAAAAUCCUUUUCACUGGCCCAUCACUGAGCAUUACCUCAAAGAAUCUAGCCUUAGGAAUUGCUGUAGUAAACUCUAGCACUUUCAAUGGAACAUCUUUCAGUGCAGCACGUCCAACCAACACUUCAGAUCUCCAGGUCAGUUUUGAAUCGGAUCAGGGGGAUCCAUUGGCUACACUGGUUCUGCCUGCAACUUUGUUGAACAAUUUAAGUGAAGCAGAAAUAGAUAGUGUUUCACGGAUACAAUUUACAUUCUUUAGCAAAACAGGAUUGUUCCAGGAUCAGAUAAAGAAUGGACUUUAUUUAAGCAGUUAUGUGGUGGCUAGCAGUGUUGGAAAUGCUUCAAUAAGCAACCUUCAGGAUCCUGUCAAGAUACAAAUCCAACAUACACACUACCAGACCAAGCCAAACCCUGUAUGUGUUUUCUGGGAUUUUACUUUACAAAAUGACAGUGGUGGGUGGAAUGCAGAUGGUUGCACUGUGAGCUCUGAAUCAACCAGAAACACAACAGUGUGCUUAUGCAAUCACCUCACUCACUUUGGGGUGUUAAUGGACAUUUCAGGAACUGCAACCCAGAUUGAUGCUAAGAACACAAAGAUUCUGACCAUCAUCACAUACAUUGGAUGUGGCGUCUCUGCCAUAUUUUCUGCAGCCACACUUCUUACCUACAUAGCUUUCGAAAAAUUACGCCGAGACUACCCUUCCAAAAUCCUAAUGAAUCUAAGCACUGCCCUACUCUUCCUCAACAUGGUUUUCCUGCUAGAUGGCUGGCUGGCCACAUUUGAAAUUGACGGUCUCUGCAUUGCAGUUGCAGUCUUUCUCCAUUUCUUCCUCUUAACUUCUUUUACCUGGAUGGGUCUGGAGGCUGUUCAUAUGUACAUUGCACUAGUUAAAGUUUUCAACACUUACAUUAGGAAGUACAUCCUCAAAUUCUGCAUUGUUGGAUGGGGUCUUCCUGCUGUUACGGUAGCUAUUGUUGUUGCAAUUGACAGAAAAUUUUAUGGCAAACAAUAUUAUGGAAAAGGGGAAAAUGGAGAAGGAUCCUCUGAAUUCUGCUGGGUUAAGAACCAAGUUGUUUUCUACAUAACCUGUGCAGGUUACUUUGGAAUCGUUUUCCUCUUGAAUGUCGCCAUGUUUAUUGUGGUGAUGGUUCAGAUUUGUGGGAGGAAUGGAAAGAGAAGUAACCGCACUUUGAGGGAAGAGAUUCUCCGUAACCUACGCAGUGUCAUCAGUUUGACCUUCCUACUGGGCAUGACCUGGGGCUUUGCCUUUUUUGCAUGGGGCCCUGUGAACCUCACCUUUAUGUACCUCUUUGCAAUUUUCAACUCAUUGCAAGGUUUAUUUAUAUUUAUAUUUCAUUGUGCUUUGAAAGAAAAUGUUCAGAAGCAGUGGAGAAGAUACCUUUGUUUUGGCAGAUUCCGUCUGGCAGACAAUUCAGAUUGGAGUAAGACAGCCACCAACAAUACAAAGAAAGCCAGCUCUGAUAACCUAGGAAAAUCCUUAUCCUCUAGCUCCACUGGAUCCAGCUCCACCAACUGGAAAUCCAAAUCCAAAACCAUUCUAAAUCCAUUUGCAAAACGAAACAGUAACACAGGUAACAUUUAUGGCGAUCAGACCAGCAUGAAGUCUGGUCAGUCAGAAGGAGACCAGACGUCCAUCAUUCCUGUGCAUCAGGUCAUUGACAAGGUUAAAGGAUACUGCUCUGUGAGAUCUGAUAACUUCUACAAGAACAUAAUCAUGUCAGACAGCUUCAGCCACAGCACCAAGUUCUAGUAACUCUCUUUUGAGAUUUAACUUAGCAGCUUAAUGUAACAAAAAUAAAUGUAAAUGAAAAGAAAGGGAAACUAAUCAUACACUUACUAAAUACUGUGUAAGUAGCAUGAAUAUACAGUAGCAGAGGUAUUGUUCCAUUUCUCAGCAGGUGUAUUUCCUAAUUGCUUCCUGUACCUAACAAGGUAUGAUGUGUGAAAUGUUUCCUCUAACUGCUGCCUUCCUAUCUGCCCUGGUUACCGUUCCCUGAGGAACCUGGAGCUCAGUACUCUCUAAAGUGUAAGGGGGGGGGGAGAAAAGUAAAUAUCUGGAAAAUGGUUCAGACUGACUCAAAACUACAAAAACUGUGAUAAACAUGGACAUGCUGUUAUUGCACUACUCUUUUUUUAAAGGAUGCAGCUUCAAUUUCAGUUAUGUGCCUUCAGCUGUUUUUGUUUGUGAACUUUAUGUAUCGGGGAAACAUUAUAUUUUAUCUGAUUGCUAAAGAGGAAUUUUGUUUUUCCUGAAAGGAUUGUUACAAUGUAAUUUGUUUUUGUGAUUCACCCUUUUUCAUUUAUUUAAUCUGUUGUUCUCCUGUGAACGUUAUGAUUUACAAAGUCCUUCCUACGUUAAGGAACAUACCCCCUGUGACAAUUUAAGGUGGGGCAAAUUGUGUAAAUUGCAACCAUUUUCUGGCACUGUUGUUUGGUUCUGAUUUGUUGGAAAUACAACCUGGUUUUAAAUGGCUGUAUUUACUUGUUAGAUAAUAAGGAAUAGCAAAAUUUAACAGCAAUAGCAUUGUAUUGUCUAAAAAACACUUGUAUCUCAGUAAGCAUUACAUCAGUUUUUUUUUUUUUUUUUUUUGUUUUUUUUUAUUCAGACAUGUGCCAGAUUAUGCUUCCAUUAUAUCACAUGAAUUUGUGUUUUAGAAAUGUCUGAUGCACACUUAGGUAAUAUGCAUUUACAUAAAAAAAUCUUCUGGAAGCAUUGUGCAAACCUAUGCCCAAGUCAAGCCUAGGACCACAUUUACAAAUAUGUUACUAGGAUGAGAAGGCCUUUACUAGAUGAAGUAAAAAGUUUUGCCCAGGUACACCGUGACACUAGAGUAAAUGGAUGCCAACUACUUUUAUUAUUUAAAAUGUUGAAGUUAGCUUGUCAGUAACUUGCUUUAUAUAUUAAUUUGCUUUGGAAAGAUUAUGCUUUCCAAACACUUUCAGAAUUAUUAAUUGUUGGGUGUGAGUGGGUAAAAAUGUGUAAAAUAUAUUUUAUGAAAUACCUAGAAAUAACCUUCUGCAGGUUAAUAUCAUUUAGCUUCAACUGUACAGAGCAUCCUAAGUUAAAGUGGUUUUACUACCAUGUAGUAGUGUUUGGAAAUAUCUGUGCUUAGGUGUUUGCCUGCUUUAAUGUAACUAUUUGCUAUUAAAAUAGCUACAGUUGUUCAUAUUUAUUUAUUUGUUACGUAAAAUGUAUGAAAUAUGUGAAAGCUUUUCUAGUAUCUUUUACUUUUGUAUUGUUUUGGUAUCCAUGCUAUAUUGUAAAAUAUCUCUUGGGACAUUAGGUAAAAAAGAAACUUGUUUUUUAUAUAACCCUUAGAAUACUAGUCAUGUUCAGUAUAGUCAAACACUGAUUUUUUUUCCUGCUUUUAUCAUCCAGUAACACUCAGUUCAAUUAAGAAAUACUAAAUGAAACUAAAAUUCAAUGACAAACAUUUCUGCAAAUAGUCCUUUUCAGUGACACUGUAAAAGACUUCUUGUCAAAAUGUUUGUCAUCAAAUUUUAGUUUCUUUUACUAUUUCUUUGUCCUGCUUUUAGUAUUAAUUUGCAAAAAGAUCUAGAGUUUUGGUAUUGACUUCAUUAGAAACAUGCCCAGAAUAUUCUAGAUUAAAAUCUGUUUCUUGGCAUAACACUAUGUAACACAAUUUUUGUUCCUGGGUAGUAAGUGUUAUUUCCUAAUUGCUUAUGC